AUGGCGGUCUCUCCGUUUGCCUCGCGCUCUCCUUCGGUGACAGUAUCAUCGCCCAAUGCUGCUCUCAGACUGAGAGCAGCCGCUGCUCAAAAUGCCUCCGGGCCGUUAGCCACGGCAAAAUCCGUGCACCAUGCAGAUCGCGAACUUACCGAACAGCUAAACGAUGACGUGCGUCGGAAAUAUGUCAAAGAUAAAAGAUUAGGUGAAGGAACAUACGCCAUAGUCUACCUCGGGUACCUCCGCGACAAGCCUUCGUCCUACGUCGCAAUAAAGAAGAUCAAGGUCAAUGCAGAAUACAAGGAUGGACUCACGAUGGACGCGAUUCGAGAAGUCAAAUAUCUUCAGGAGCUGUCACAUCCGAAUGUCAUUGCCCUACACGACGUGUUUUCUUCCAAGGACCAAAAUCUCAAUUUGAUGCUCAUCAAAGAGGCGGACAUACACUACGGCGUGGCCGAGGUCAAGGCCUGGAUGGGCAUGCUGGCCCGAGGCGUAUGGUUCUGUCAUGAGAACUUCGUACUCCACCGGGAUAUCAAGCCCAACAACUUGUUGAUUGCGUCGGACGGCGAGGUCAAGCUGGCAGACUUUGGUCUUGCCCGAUCCUUUGCCGAUCCGUAUCUCAACAUGACCCAUCAGGUCAUCACUCGCUGGUACCGUCCUCCCGAAUUGCUCUACGGAGCGCGGCAGUACUCAGGCGCAGUGGAUGUCUGGUCGAUGGGGAUGGUCUUUGCAGAAUUACUCCUUCGCAUCCCCUUCCUGGCCGGUAACACCGACGUAGAUCAAGUGACCAAGAUUUGCGAAGCCCUCGGGACACCAACGGAGGAAAAUUGGCCGGGCGUGUCCGAGCUACCCAACUACCUUCCACCAGACACCCACCACCCAUUGCAGGGUCGAGACUUCUUCCUCCGCAUGUUCCCUACGGCAGGCCCGGUGGGAUGCGACUUACUGAUGUCCAUGUGUACACUGGACCCUCGCAAGCGCACCACCGCGGUGCAAGCCCUACGACACUCUUGGUGGACGGUCGAGCCCCGGCCAACCAGGAAUGAAGAUCUCCCGCAGAAGCCGGGAACUAAGAAGAUGGGCGAGGACCUCGGCCGACGAGGGGGAGAGAUCGAUGACGGGAUGUUUAAAAAUGCAGCGCGACAACUGGACUUUGGUGCUAUGAAAUAA